GGAGAGUGAGCGAGUCAUCUCUUUGUCGCUCCAGCCAGCACAGAAGUGAAGAUGGCCAAAGUCCCUGACCUCUUUGAAGACCUGAAGAACUGCUACAGUGAAAAUGAAGAAUACAGUUCUGAUAUCGACCAUCUCUCUCUGAAUCAGUUGAUGGCUCUCUUCCUGCUCACCAACUUUUACCAAGAGAGAGUAGAAUUCUCCUGAAAUUCCAAGAAUGAAGUGCCAUCCUGGGACAGCUUCUUCAGGCCACUGCACCUGGGGUCUGUCUCCUAAAGUGAUGUCUGUGGCAUCCUCUCUAACACCAGCUCCAGACAUUAGAGGUGAUCCUCUGAACAUAAUAGCCCAUGAAGCAGUGAUGGAGGAUGCAGGCCAACAGAAAGCAGGAAAUCUUACCACUCACAUGCUGUGUUGUUUUGCUAAGAGACCACAAAUAGGCAGCCUAGGUAGUGCCUUAGACUUCAAUACUGGCUCUAAAAGCUGUUCCCAAAGGAGUAUUUCUAAAAUAUUUGAACAUACCCACAAAUGGGUAACCCACUGUGGGGAAACUAACUGGAAGGCUGCAACUCACGAAGAUCAUUUGUAGACCUGUGUCAUCACAUCUCCUUUUUUUAAUUGACAUAGAGUUGACUUACAAUAUUGUGUUAGUUUCAGGUGUAGAACAUAGUGACUCUGGGUUUUUUUCUGAUUACAUUCCAUUAUAGGUUAUUUACAAGAUAUUGAAAAUAAAAAAUGUAAUUGUAAUGUAUACAUGUAAGGAUAACUUGAUCCCCUUGCUGUACAGUGGGAAAAAAAAAAAAACAAGAUAUUGAAAAUAGUUUGCUAUGCAGAAAAUCCAUGUUGUUUAUGUAUAGUAAUUUGUCUCUGUUAAUCCCAUACCCCUAAUUUGCUCCUCUCCCCUUUGGUAACUACAAGUUUGUUUUUCAUGUCUGUGAGUCUGUUUGUGUUUUGUAUACAGAUUCAUUUGUAUUCUUUUUUAGAGUCCACAUGUAAGUGAUGUCAUACAGUAUUUGUCUGACUUACUUCACUAAGCAUAGCAUUUCAUUUUUGAGUCUGCAGAUGGAUGACAAUGACUUUCCAAGAGAUCACAUCCUUCCAGGGAAAUCCUAAAAGGAGGGAUGGGAGGGAGGGGAAGAAUGAGGAGGGAAGGAGGCAGAGAAAGAGGAAAGAGGGAAGGAGAGAUGGGGGAGGGGAAGACUGAUGAAAAGUGGGUUACCCAAAACCAAAAUGAACAUCCUCUCUAAGUCUGUUGAACUAAACUCUUGUAAAUGAGUCUCAUUCUAUGGCUAUAGACAACCUCUCAGUUUCCAUUUUCUUUCUUCACAGAAGUCCUUCUAUGAUGCCAGCUAUGAGCCACUUCCUGGGGACGGCAUGGAUAAAUUUAUGCCUCUGAGUACCUCUAAAACCUCUAAGACAUCCAGGCUAAACUUCAAGGACAGUGUGGUGAUGGCAGCAGCCAACGGGAAGAUUCUGAAGAAGAGACGGUUGAGUUUAAAUCAGUUCAUCACCGAUGACGACCUGGAAGCCAUUGCCAAUGACACAGAAGAAGAAAUCAUCAAGCCCAGAUCAGCAACAUACAGCUUCCAGAGCAACAUGAAAUACAACUUCAUGAGGGUCAUCAACCACCAGUGCAUCCUGAAUGAUGCCCGCAAUCAAAGCAUCAUUCGAGACCCGUCAGGUCAAUACCUCAUGGCUGCUGUGCUAAAUAACCUGGAUGAGGCAGUGAAAUUUGACAUGGCUGCUUAUACAUCAAAUGAUGAUUCGCAACUUCCUGUGACUCUAAGAAUCUCAGAAACCCGACUGUUUGUGAGUGCUCAAAACGAAGACGAACCCGUGUUGCUGAAGGAGCUGCCUGAGACACCCAAAACCAUCAAAGAUGAGACCAGUCUCCUCUUCUUCUGGGAAAAGCAUGGCAAUAUGGACUACUUCAAAUCAGCCGCCCAUCCAAAGUUGUUUAUUGCCACAAGGCAGGAAAAACUGGUGCACAUGGCACCGGGGCUGCCCUCUGUCACUGACUUUCAGAUACUGGAAAACCAGUCUUGACUCUGGUGUCUACUUACCUGUGAAGUGUUGACAGGCCGUAUGUACCAUGUACAUGAAGGAGUUAAAUCUUUCACUCUUAGUCACUCGCUGAGCAUGUGCUGAGCCUUUGUAAUUCUAAAUGAAUGUUUACUCUCUUUGUAAGAGAGGGAGCGAAGUCUGGUAGAACCAACACUAACAAAUAACAUCGCUUAGUAUUUAAAAAACACACUGUCAUUUACAAACUACCAAUCAUUUUAAUUAUUAUUCUGCAUAACAAUCUUGGGAGGACCAGGGUUACUGACUAUGGCUACCAAAAAGGUUCUACCCAUAUUACAGAUGGGUUAACUAAGGCCUGAGGAUAUUAAGAAGUAUCCACAAUAGCAGCUGGAAUGAGAAGCUAUGGACCCAGGAUUUCAUUCCACCUGCUUACCUUUUGCUUUUAAGUUGCUGAUGGACCCUAUAUAACAUUGUAAGUUUCUGGAACCUCAAUUUAAUCUUAAAAAUAUAUAUAUAUACAUAUAUAUACACACACACAUACAUAGCAUAUACAUGUACAUUAUGUAUAUAAUAUUUAUUAUUAUAUCUAUUAUAUCUAUGUAAUAGAUUAUAUCUCCUUCCUGCCUCAACAGUAUUCUAUGACAGUGAGCUUGUUUUAGUAAAAUGCUUCUUGAAGCUGAGCCUCCAGAAGAAGGCAAAGCCUGAAAUGUUAUUUUAAGUUAUUAUUUAUAUAUACAUAUGUAUUUAUAAUAUUAUUUCUAAUAUAAGUAUAACAUAUUAUUAUAUUUAUGUCAACUCCUUGUGAUCUCUGAGUAUGACCAGUCAUCUUCAAUGAUAGCAGACAGUGUUUUCCAGGUUGAAUGAGUUGGAGGUACUAAGGCAUUUUGGGCCAAGUUGUUGUACUUUUUCCAUGGCCAUGAAGGUCUGUAUUCUAGUAACUGGGAGCCCUGUAAUUAUGAUAAUAAAUUUAUCAUAAUUACCUUGUUUGUUUGAGCUGAUCAUUGGCCAAAAGCUUUGACUUGUCUGCCUUUAAACUCGCCUUGGCAUUCCUGUGUCAUUCAGUUUCACCUGCUAUCAAAUCCUACCAGCUAAAAUGGGAUGAACUUAAUUUUGGCAACCACGGGACAACUGUGAUCUAAAUUUUUUUUUUCUAGAGUUCCCUUUGUGGCUCAACUGGUUAAGAACCUGAAGUAGUCUCCAUGAGGAUGCAGGUUCUAUGCCUAGCCUCACUUAGUGGUUUAAAGAUCCGGCAUGGCCACAAACUGUUGCAUAGGCCGCGGAGGUGGCUCAGAGCUGGCAUAGUGGUAUAGGCCUCAACUACAGCUCCAAUUUGACCCCCAGCCUAGGAACUUCCAUACGCCACAAGCGUGGCCUUAAAAAGAAAAAACCAAGCUUUCUUUUCCAGAACAUAAGCACUGUUCUUUCUAGUUCUCAAUCUUAUGAGCAUAUCCUACUAUUACAUUCCCAUCAACAAUAAGGAUUGAUACAUUAUUAUCAAUGACAAUUGAAUAAAUGUUACAAAAAGG